UACAAUUUAAUUUCUUUGACUUUUCUAAGUUUUGCUUAGUACUACUUCUAUAAAGCAUACCUCUAAAGUUAAAGGAUUUAAAAGAAGAUAGUUUAGAACUUUGAGAGCCAGGAGCUUGGAACUUGAAGUUGUUGGAGGAAUCAUACUUUCAGGAAAAGAAGAUUUCAUGGCAUCUUCUGUUGAAGAUCAUAUCCAACAAAUAAUUAACAUCCCAGACAAUAUUGAGCCUUCCCAUUGGCCUCAAUGUUGUAUCUACAAAGUUCCAGCUACUCUUUUGAAUGUGAAAGAGGAGGCUUAUACACCUCUAAUCAUAUCUAUUGGACCUAUCCACCAUAACAACGAAAGACUUGAGGAAAUGCAAGAGUACAAACAUAGAUAUUUCCAUUAUUUUUGGAAUCGCCUAGACAAGAAAAGUGAUUUCAUGAACUACAAAGUUUUCCUUCAACAAGAAGAGCAAAAAAUACGCCGAUGUUACCAAAAGAAAUUCACAGAUAUCAACAGUGAGCAAUUGGUUGACAUGAUACUAUUGGAUUCUGUGUUCAUCAUGGAGUUGUUUCUAAGAGAAAAUAAAAAAUGGGAGCACAAAGAUGAUUAUAUAAUAACUCAACUUUGUGUAAGUAAAAGUAUCCAGCGGGAUUUGUUGCUUCUUGAGAAUCAGCUUCCAAUUUAUGUGUUGGAAAAACUAUAUGACACAAUUGUUCCAAGCAAGGUCAAAAAGCACAAUUGGUUUCUCAAGCUUGCACAUGAGUAUUUUGCAUCUUGUUACCCGCAUCACAAGGAAUCUUCAGAAAGAAAGUUUGAGGCAAAGAAAUGGGAGAAAUCACGUCAUUUCACUGAUUUGAUUAGAUAUUCCUAUCUCCCUAUGAAACUAAAAAAUCAGUAUAAUGAUUUUCACAAAGAAUGUUUGAUGGUAAGGACUGCAACAAAGUUGAAUGAAGCUGGUAUAAGCUUUGAGAAGGUUCAUAACAGAUCAUUGCUUGACAUAAAGUUUGAGAAAAAACCUUUGUUGAGUUGGUUUCUUUGUUUAGGUUGUUUACCGUGUUGCAAGUGCUUCAAAGCUAGAUUUCUAUUCCCACAGUUAAAAGUAGAUCAUGCGACCGAAUGUGUUUUGAGGAACAUAGUUGCUUUUGAGCAGUGUCACUAUCCUGAUGAGCCUUACAUUUGCAAUUAUGUUUCUUUGAUUGAUUCUCUUAUUCACACCGAAGAAGACGCAGAGUUGCUAGUUGAGAAAGAAGUGAUUGUGCACGAUCUGGGAAGCAACGAGGAAUUAACAAGCCUUGUUAACAAUCUAUGCAAACAUGUUGUGACAAAUUCGUCGUGUUAUUACCAACUUAUGGAAGAUCUUAAUGAACACUACAACAGUGAGUGGAAAAGGGCUAUGGGUACAUUAAGGUGGGUUUAUUUUCGUGAUCCUUGGAGAAGCAGUUCUACCAUAAUCGGGAUAGUUGUUCUAAUAUUCACUAUCUUUAACUUUCGUCGCGUUGUUGGUCUAAUGUUUUAGUUAUUUGAAAAUUAUAUGUAUUGAAUAACUUUUUCCUAAUGUGUUAGAAUGAAGGUUAAAUUA